AUGACCCGACCAAGUACACUGAAUAUUGUGCCGAAAGUGUAUGCUCCUAAGUCAAGGCCUGACCGUCAAGUGUAUAUUCAAGGCUACCCGUAUCGGCAUGAUUUUCACACCAUUGCACCUCUAGCUGUCUCACAAGGCCACAAAGUCCACAGUUCGACUGCCAAACUUGCGAACAGGUCUCCUCCUCUUCCUCCUCCGCCCCCUUCUGCAGGCAAUGUAUCCCUUCCUCCAGCACCUAUUGCACCUUCUCUUAUCGGAGUUUCAAGGGGACCUCCCGCGCUCGGGAAUCGAAGGAAGGCAGGGAUUUCAGGUGACGAUAAGCGGUCGGCUCCUCACAAUCCCUCCCAGGAGAUGCGACGGCAAAAGGACCUAGAAGAAGCCUUCUCACAAUUGCAAGAUCGUAUAGCACAGGCUAUACUAAGGCUGGAUCGUUUCGACCAAGAGCUUACUGCAUGGAAAGAUAACGAUGUCAUUGGCAAAGAGUUACACCUGGCGAGGAGAGAUGCGCGACAGCAAUACAUACAAGACCUGGCUGUUACGAGGGCGAAGGAUCUGGUGCUCCCACUAGAAACCCACAUGAACAGCAUAUGUUACGGCGUCGAUACGAUUGGACGAGACCUGGCCAGCGAAUACGAAAACAUGCGGGCCUAUAGACGCCAAUUGGUGGCUGACAUGGAAGAGACUGUUGCACAGCUGGAGAAUAUGCACCGCGAAGAUUCCGUGGAUGUUUUGUUGCAAGAGUCUGGACAUCUGUUCAGCGAUUUGACUCGCAUGAGUAUUUCCGCAAGCGACCUGAUAGGGAUCUGUGAGGGACUGCAAAACCGGGGCUUGUGGGAAAGCAAUGAAGACGUGCGGUUCUGGAGGGAAUAUAGCCCCAUGGGAGGGAAGACUCCAAGGAUCAAGCAUGCUCUGACCGAAAUGAUCGACCUGCGGCCCAAGCUGGACAUCAAUGCAGGAGCGAUUUCUUUGGAAGUCCACAUUCUCCGGAAAAUCAGGAGAAGCCGCCUUAGCUAUGCACGCCACCCAGAACUCUUCCAACAUCUCUUCCACGACCUCAAGUUUUACAUUACCCUAAACCAGAUUGCCAGUUCCUCGAGUGCGAUUUUCCACGAGGCACGGAAUUUUGGUUUCUGGGUACAUUCGUCAUUUUCUGUCAAAACUAGUCGAAAGGUGUACCGGAGAUGGUCUGACAUCCGCCUGUGGCUCCUCAUAACAAAAAUUGCUCGAGGAGCUUCAACUUUGAAAGAAUACUAUUGGAGCCAUCUCCGCGGCUUUAAGUUGUUUGUCCUCAACUCGAACUCCCUUGACCUCCCUCUCCAGCUCGCACAAGUGUCGGACUUCGGACCGUUCACGGUAUGCCUAUUCAGAUUUAAUGAUAUACUCAAACUCCUUAAUGACUUCAAAGCCGACAUGGAAACAUUCAGGAAGUUCAAUCCACAAUUUGAGAACGAAGUGGAACAACGGCCAGCUCUGAGUCGUUUUCUUGAAAACCGUGAGUGGUUCUGGAAAGCCACACACACCGUGAGGAGCGGAUUUUGGCGUGACUUGGAAGCUGCCGUUCAUUGGAAAACUGUUGCAAAUCUAUGCCUUGGCCUUGUCCCGCGACCAGUCAGUCGCAGCUUGAUGCGAGUGCCUGAGGAUCUCGAUUCGGUAGACCAAGGGCCGGCGGUGAGCCAUGUACCUGUCGUUGGGUUCAUAGAUCAUCGAUUCCAACCUUCCGGGUAUCUCUACCCUCAAGGGUCGCCUGUUCCUGUCAAGUAUAUCACCUCGCUUGCGAGGGCAUCAACGGUCGUUCGAGAUCUUUCGAAGAACAGAGUCGUUGCUCUUGACCUGAUCAUGAAGGAUGCAUCCGAAGCGAGACCUGUGUCAUCAACUUAUGGUGCUCUCCGCGCCUUAUCCUCUUCAGGCCGCCUGCCAUUUGAUUUUGUGGUCAUUACGACUAAGAAUGAAGUGGCAAUCUUUGACAUUGCGUAUCUGGGUCCCAUAGAAGUCAUCUGGGCAGGCUUAUUCGAGCCGAUUCUUGACAAUGAAUCUAUACUGAAAGUUGGCUUCAACAUCGAGCACCAGAAACGACUCCUUUCAGAAUAUCUCUUUCACAGGCUCACCCGAUACCAUGAUCUCCGGCUCCAAUCUCCAAACCACAUUGGAAGAUCACCGCCACCUAUCGAUCCCUCAUUGGCCGGUAAGAGUUCAGGCGCUUAUUCUCAGAAGUCAGACUUCGCGAAGGAUCAAGGAGCUGCGCCCCCGAAUCCAUCCCGCUUCUUUCACAAUCUGGCUUCGACUGGCUUCGCGGCCUUGAGGAUGUAUGAUUCUGCCUGUAAAGCCAGACACACUGGUGUAGUAUCAUCCACAGAGAACGGAGGGCAAAGCCUAUCCCUUGAUCUCGGGCCCGUCCUAAUAUACGCUGACACUCGUCCGCCUGUGCGUACCAUGCACAGGGAGCUGAGCCUACCAUAUGUGGAACGUAAAAGAACUCUGCUAAGCCUAGGAAGGGCAAUGGCAAAGACGAUGUAUGAGAACGAUCUCCACACGAAAGAUCUGCCAUGGCUGGCCAAAAGCCUUCCAGCCUCAGUCAGACAGACCUACGUUGAGAAAGACUGUGAUCUGCAUGCGUACGUGCUUUUCACCACAUUCCAUGAGAACCUAGAGACAAUCGCCAGGUAUCUUGAAGUCGAAGAUGUUGUCUCGAGAAUCCUUGCCGCAGCUGAACGAUAUCAGCUACCCCUUCUUGAUAUUGAUCGGACCUACCUCACCGAUUUGAGAGGCUUCAGCUCUGCGCCAAGCACCGAGAUUGAAGUUGUAGGGAGGGUCAGAAGUCUGGCCCAGAAGAAAUCCUCUCGGAGACGAAGAGGGGAAGUUGGAAGUCUGUCAGUAGACACGGAAGCGAAGAUAGAUGAGACUCUGAACGAGGAGCCCAUUCUACCUGGAACCACGUCUCAGACACAGGCCGCACCACACGAGGUUUCACCUGCAAACCUGCCCGUGUCAAUGGCCUUGAAGAAGAAAAGAACCAAACGAACGCAGAACGUCGCACGCAGAAACUUGGAUGACAUGAAGGAUUCGCCGAAAAAGAGGACGGCAGGCGGCCUUACUUCUGGAACAACAAGUACGCAGUCAGCGGCACCUACCUCCCCUAAAGAGCGCAAGAUGAGGAUCCCACUGAUGCCUGAGACGGGACCGCCAACACGAUUCAGCAGUUUUGCCACCGCAACGACCCAGUCGCCUAAACGACGAACAACCUUGAAGUCUAAAGUCCCCCGCGAGGCGAAAGCAGAGGUCGCUGCUUCUCCUGACUCGGCUGGAACCAAGUCACCACCCAGAUCGGUGUUGUUCUCACCGUUAUGGACCAAGGCCAAGGAUGAUGUCCCUCGAGAAUCCGGGCAAGCGGCGGCGUCGUCGUCGGCAAAGACAGUGCACAAAACACGACACACGGCGAGGAAGGCGGGUCAAUCUAGGCUUACCGAUCGCAAUCCACGACAGGCUUUUCUCAAAAGAACAGGGACGAGCUCUGAUCAAGCGCGAUAUCCGCCUUCGCUGUGA